AAAAAAAAAAAUGUAAAAUGUUAUUAUUAUCUUUUUAUUCUUUUGAAAAAAAUAAUAAUGUAAAAUGUUAUUAUUAUUUGGAGAAUUAAAAGAAAAAAUUAAUACUUUCAAUAACAGACUCCCGCGUAAUUUAAUCGACCUCAUUUCUCAUCGCCGAUGUCUUUCUCUUUGAAGUUCACCUACUCUACGCCAUUGUUGCAGCACCACGGUUUCAACAAGCUCCGUUGCACUUUCAUUUCUCGAUUUCCAAGGCAUUAUUACUUGCAAAAAUGUCAGAAUUCGUCGCUGAAUCAGAACCAUACACGACGACUCUGCUCAACUAACGGAGAAAGCAAUGCCAGGCUUAUCCAGAUAACGUUGAUUCUAACCUUGAAGGUUCAAGAGAAAAAUAUGACGCCGGUCAAGCAUCAUUCACGUCCGGCGCGUACUUACUGCUUGCCUUCACUGAUGUUGAAGAAACUAAAAAGAUAUGGAGUUUCUGGAAUAUUGUCAUAUGGGCUGUUGAAUACUGCAUACUAUCUCACAACCUUUCUCUUGGUGUGGUUUUAUGUUGCUCCGGCUCCUGGUAAAAUGGGUUACUUUGCUGCUGUUGAACGAUUUCUCAAAGUAAUGGCCAUGGUGUGGGCUGGGAGUCAAGUUACUAAGCUUAUAAGAGCUGGAGGGGCCGUUGCUCUUGCUCCUUUUGUAGACAGAGGAUUGUCAUGGUUUACGCUCAAAUUUAAGUUUGAGUCUCAGGGGAAGGCUUUCAUGGCCAUUGUUGGAUUCUGUCUUGGACUUGCCUUCAUCUUGUUUUUGGUUGUGACAUUGCUUUGGGCGUAAAACAUUUUAAUUUUUGUCUAUUUUAGCUGGAUAGCACGAGUUCCUGACACCCCUGCACCCAUGUACAGAGGAGAUGCGGAGUGGAAAAGGCUGCUGUGGCUUUUACUUUUAACCCCAGCAAACAUUGGAAGAUAAGUUCAACAUGAACUGUGAAAGAAUGCGUUCAACUCAUAUUUUCUGUAUCAGGUCAUUGCUUAUUUGCAAACUUGUAAGAUCAAUAAUUAACUUGCAAAAUUUUCAAAGAAUAUCCGAAAUUUGACAUAUGGAAUAUAAGAAGUUGAAAUAUUGAUAA